AUGCCCCAGCAAACAGCACGCGGUUGCAAGCACGCGCUCUCCAGCGAAAUUCAGUCUAGAAGCGCGCGCGAGCCAGCCAUCCUACUGCAGCCACCAGUAACGCGCUGCUCGCCUCACGGAUUUCUCCAAUACACGAAAUGCGAAAGGCCGCGUCCACACGUUUGGACUCAUUUCCGCCCCUGCUUCCCCUCAUUUCCGCCCCUGCUUCCCCUCAUUUCCGCCCCUGCUUCCCCUCAUUUCCGCCCCUGCUUCCCCUCAUUUCCGCCCCUGCUUCCCCUCCUUUCCCCCCACGCAUCCCCUCAUUUCCGCCCCUGCUUCCCCUCAUUUCCGCCCCUGCUUCCCCUCCUUUCCCCCCACGCAUCCCCUCAUUUCCGCCCCUGCUUCCCCUCAUUUCCGCCCCUGCUUCCCCUCCUUUCCCCCCACGCAUCCCCUCAUUUCCGCCCCUGCUUCCCCUCAUUUCCGCCCCUGCUUCCCCUCCUUUCCCCCCACGCAUCCCCUCAUUUCCGCCCCUGCUUCCCCUCAUUUCCGCCCCUGCAUCCCCUCAUUUCCGCCCCUGCUUCCCCUCCUUUCCCCCCACGCAUCCCCUCAUUUCCGUCCCUGCAUCCCCUCAUUUCCGCCCCUGCUUCCCCUCCUUUCCCCCCACGCAUCCCCUCAUUUCCGCCCCUGCUUCCCCUCCUUUCCCCCCACGAAUCCCCUCAAUUCCCCCCUGCCUCCCCUCCUUUCCCCCCUUGCUUCCCCUCCUUUCCCCCACUUCUUCCCCUCCUUUCCCCCACUGCUUCCCCUCCUUUCCCCACUGCUUCCCCUCCUUUCCCCCACUUAUUCCCCUCCUUUCCCCCACUGCUUCCCCUCCUUUCCCCCACUGCUUCCCCUCCUUUCCUCCACUUCUCUGCCUCGCCUUUCCCCCCCGUACUUCCCCUGCUUUCCCCCGCUGAUUCCCCUCCUUUCCUCUCCCCUCCUUCCCCCCGUUUCCCCCACUGCUUCCUCUCCUUUCCCCCACUGCUUCCCCUCCUUUUCCCCCCUCUCUGCAUCGCCUUUCCCCCCGUGCUUCCCCUCCUUUCCCCCCUCCUCCCCCCCGUUUCCACCACUGCAUCCCCUCCUUUCGCUCCCUUCCCUUGCUUACCCUCCCUCCCUCCCCCUACCUACUGUUUCCACUUUCCACCUCCAGUAUCGUACUACCACCCACGUUUCCCAGUAAUGCCCUCUCCGCAUCCCUUCUCACCCCAUCCUUUCCUCUCCGCAUCCCUUCUCACCCCAUCCUUUCCUCUCCGCAUCCCUCCUCACCCCAUCCUUUCCUCUCCGCAUCCCUCCACACUCCAUCUAUCCUCUCAGCAUCCUUUCUCUCCCCAUCCCUCCUUGCCACCAUCCCCUCAGGUUUUGUGGCGCUGUGUCCAGGAAAGGCGACCUGCUGCGUGCACUCUUUGCUUAGUUACUAGUAUGCAUGGAUUGCCUCUCUGCUUUUACUCGUGA